ACAUAAUCGUUUGCAUGGUUUAAUCCCUUAAGUUACGUUUACUAACAACGAAACAUCCAUAGCUGAUUCAACGAGUACCAAGUACGUAUCAUCGAUUGGCAUCUUGAAUCCGCCAUAAGCAUCCUUGGGUUUUUAUGAUAUCAAUUACGCGUGUACCGGUGUAUAUGUAUGUAGGUGGUGUUUGUCGCGAGUUCCUCGAGCAGAGAUUGUUGCCAAAACGAGUUCACGAAAGGGCAAAAGAGUCGUCGGUUCCGACGACGACGGUGUAUCGUCGGUGGAAAGGGUAAUGGUGGUAUUGAUUGCAACGGAACUUGACCGCGCAAGCUCUCUGUUUGCCCUCAAUGAAAUGACGUGCUUACAUAUGGAACCACGACGGACGGGCGGACGAUAAAAACCUGUAGAUACUACACCUGGCCGACACCUGCCAGUCGUUACGGUGAUGAUGACACCGUCUCUCUGUACCUGCACAUGGCUGCUGCUACCCUGUUGCAUUCUCAUCACCCUCUCCACCGGUGAACUCAAGUUUUACCAAGAUGAAGCCCCCGAUACUUCGGAGAAUAUAGUGCUAAGGCAACUGAUCAAAUACCUCGAGCAGGGCCAUCAGUUCCGUCUCUCGCCGUUUUUGGCGAACGAAGCUCAUAAGAAACACCAAUUGCAACUGGACCGAGAGAAAGAACGGGACCUAUUGAAAACUUUGACCGACAAAGCGAAUUUGGCCGAUAUUCUCAGGAAGGAGAAGCUGAAAGAGUGGAAUGAUCGGCAAACGGAAUACAACGAGCCGAUCAACGAGACGCCGCGCGAAAGAGACCAUUACUUUCCGUUCUAUGAAUUGAACCCGUUUGACGAUUCCGUAGAUUAUCCCGGCUUCAAGUUGCCUUACGUGCCUCGUGAAACGAACCGCGAGGAUGCAAAUUAUCAGAACAACGGUUACGUAUACGGUCGUAACGCGCCGUUCGAUCAUCCAUCCUACGAGGGGCCGAUAGACUUCGAGAAAGGAAUGAAAGAAGAACCGAUUUUGGGGCUCCAUAGGGGUUAUGGCGGAUCGGUAAACGGAAUCGACAGGAAGCUGCAGGAACCACGCGUGACCGUUCCCGAGUUCACUUUCAAGUUCGACGACUCGAAUUUGAACGAGAGACGCCCGUUUGCGGUGAAACCCAACGAUCCCAGAUACUAUCAAGACGCCCCCUUUUUUUCGAAUACAAGCGACGACUCGAAUUUGGAGAAACUAACAGAAAACGAGACGAAUUGGGAUCGUAAGGAUGCGAUAAUAGACAAAUUGCAUACGAUGCACGAGGAGAAUAUAAGGAACGCGGAACCCAAAUUAAACGACAUGUCUGUGAUUGUGCUACCGGAGUUAGAACGACGUACAGGAUACAACCCCCUAGUUGUACCCAUGAAUCAUGAUCUAAACAAUGACAUUUACUUUAUCGCUAUUGUUGCUGGCUGCAGUGCAGCGGCAAUGUUUGCCCUUGUAUUGAUCACUUUAACAUGGUGCAGACUGAAACGUGGUGCUAAAGCAGCUGCUGACAUAGAAUAUCCAGCUUACGGCGUGACAGGUCCAAAUAAGGAGAUAUCACCCUCGGGAGACCAAAGACUUGCUCAGUCUGCUCAAAUGUAUCACUUUCAACAUCAGAAGCAGCAAAUUAUUGCCAUGGAAAAUCGUGUUUCUGCAUCCAGAGAUCCAGGUUCUGUUUCCGAAGCAGAAAGCGAAGAAGAAAACGAGGAAGGAGACUAUACUGUUUACGAAUGCCCUGGGCUAGCUUCUACCAGUGAAAUGGAAGUAAAAAAUCCGUUAUUUCAUGAUGACCCAACACCAGCAACACCAGCACAAAUUAAUAAAGAAGAGGACCACGCAUAGUUUGAGUAAGUUGCAAAUACACAUAAUUUAAAAAAAUUUUCUGGUGCUUAGCUCACUGUUCAUGUACCAUAUCGGAAACAUUUAUCUACACAUAUAUUAAAUGUAUACAACUUUAAUACUUAUAUGACGCAGGAACUCAAAAUGUAAAGUCGACAGAGGGUCUAUCGAAAGGCCACUUUUGCGUUUUGUGCAAGGGAUUUACCAUGUAAUACGAUCAACAUUUGACGUCGUAACAAACUAUUGUGUUUGUUUGAAAACACAUAUUUUUUAACUCCAUGAUAUACUAUAGUUUGUAUUUUCAUAGCAAAUAUGGUUAGCCAUAUGAUUGACAUUACUUUUCUACACACCAUUACCAACUUGCAACAUAAAAUUCACAUUAGAGGUCGUGUCAUACCAUAAUAUUCAAUAUCACUGUACACAACCAAUUCUAACUGUAAAAUCCACAAAUUAUUUUCAUCGCAAACUUUUAACAGUUUACUUUCUCUUUAAAUCGAUAUUAAUGAUCAUAGAAUUGUUAUUGAAUUACAACGAAAA